GGGCCCGGGACAUUCGUGGAACCUGGUUCACACCACAGCGGCCACUUGAAGGGGGGAAAAAAAAGAAGCAGAUGAUACCAAGACAAGCUCAUAACAGAGACCUCUUCACCAGAUGUGUACGGAUGAAAAUACAGUGAGAUGAGUCAGAAAACCACGAAGGAGGGUCCCAGACUCUCCAAGAACCAGAAGUUCUCCGAGCACUUCAGCAUACACUGCUGCCCACCAUUCACCUUCCUCAACUCCAAGCGGGAGAUCGUGGAUCGGAAAUACAGUCUCUGCAGGAGCGGCUGCUUCUACCAGAAGAAAGAGGAGGACUGGAUCUGCUGUGCCUGCCAAAAGACCAGAACCAGGCGCCGUCCAACGUCCCCCCAGAGGCCCAAGCACCAGCCAGCGGCGCCCCCCGCGGUGGUCAGAGCACCAGCCAAGCCACGGUCCCCUCCGAGGACUGAGCCACGGUCCCCUCCGAGGUCUGAGCGGCAGCCACGACCCCGCCCAGAGGUCCGACCACCACCAGCCAAGCAGCGCCCCCCUCAGAAGUCCAAGCAGCAGCCGCGCAGCAGCCCCCACAGAGGGCCAGGCUCCAGCCGUGGGGGGUCCCCCAUCAAAGCUUCUAGAUUGAAAAGGAGGAGCAAGCCAGCCCCAAGGAGGAAGUAACCAACGCGGAGUUUCAAGCGCAUGGAUGGCCUCAGCUCCUGGACUCGCUGCUCCCUGACCCGCGUGCCCUCGGGCAAGCUAUCCAGUUUCGAAUAUGAUGCAGAGGCAGACACCUGCUGAUGCCCAAGGUCUCCAUGGCAGGGGGGCUGCCGGGCAGCCUGCCUGGAGCAUUUUGAAGAGAUCACCCUAUUAUCUUUUGACCUCUAUAGUUGCCAAUGAGAAAUCUGCUGUCAUUCCACGUGCCUUCCAUUGACUCAAGUUUCUUCAAUAUGAAGAUAUAUAUUUCUUCGGGGAUGUGCAAAAAAUUGUACAAACAUCAUAAUGGCAAAAACUAAAAAUGAUCAAGUGUUGGAAAGGGUGUCAGGAAAAUUCUCACAAACUACUGAUGAAAAUGUCUAAACUACUACAAUACCUUUGGGGUUAAAUCUGAGGAUAUUAGGGAAGCAGGAUAUUAUAUAACCUAUGAUCAAGCAAUUAUGAUUUUGUUAGGCACCCAUCCUAGAGAACACUUGCAUUCAUAGAAAAGGAGAUACAUAUAAAUCUAUUCAAGCAUGGUUUGCCAUUAGAAAAAAAAGAGAGACAUAAAAAUUAAUCAAAUGUCCACUAAUAAGAGAAUGAAUGAAUCAACAAUAGCAUAUUCAUAAAUAAAACCUUAAACAGCAGUUAAAACAAGUGAAUCAGAUAUAUCCGUACCAGGAAGAUACAUUUGGAAAACAAAAAGAAUAAAAAGCAAAUAGUAGUUGAUGAGUGCAAUAUGAUGCCCUGUGCACAAAUUUAAACAACCUAUAAUACUAUAGUUGCCACAUAAGUAAAAACCAUAAGAUCUCACACUUUCUCUAUAAUGCAAUAGAAUUUUUAAAAUGACAACAAAAUACAAGACUAUCCACGAAAUAUCUAUCCUCUUGGAAAUCAAAAAGAAGAUUUGAAAUAAUUCCUGGUUUGAAGAAAUAAGAGAAAUUGAGAGCUAUAUAGAAAUGGUCAGCAAUAUUAGCCAGACACACAUGUUUUUGGAGAGAUAAGUGAGUGGCUAAUGAUAAGCCUGGGGGUCUCUCCAAGGUUACAAGUCUUAGAAAACAAACACAUCUCCUGCAGGUUUCUGACAGGGGGAAAAGGGGUACUAGAAUACUCUCCUCUCCCAACUUUCCUUUAGUAAUAGGUAGAAAAAACACAGUAGAAGAUAAUGGAAUGUUGUAGAAUGUGGAGGGAUGUCAGGUAGAGCAAAACUCAGAGUAAAGGAGAAAGGGGGCGCCCAGAGCAGUCUUGUGCUGGGAGCACUGGAAGCUGCCUGUCGCCCCACCAAGGCAUGACUGUGUCCUUGAGUGAGCACAACCAGACCCAGCCGAGGUUAAGGGGCAAAUGAGAACAUGGGGCAACGCCAGAGGAAAUCCUGUUCAAGGCGUGGGGCUGGGGUGAGAAGAAAUGGCAAAGAGGAGGGAGGAAGUGUAGUAGACUCAGAUGAGAUAUAGCUCAGAAUACCAACCCUCCAGAAAGGGGGAACAGGCCAAGUACUGUCCCAAGGCAGCUGAAGGACAAGGCCUGAGCAACCUGGCCUCCUCAUCUGGGGAGGCCAUCACCCUCUGUGGAAGUGGCAAUACAAAGGCAGGGGAAUUCAACUUCACAGGGCCUUCAGGUAGAAAUUGUUUUCCUGCCUAAAUUCAGGUGCUAAAUGAACAAUAAAACAAGAACCUCUACAACGAACAAUUUUCAAUGAUGAAUUAUCUGAGGCCAUUACAUUCCUGGGAAUACGCCAGGGGUGCCAUGACAGACUGCUAGAAAGAAGGAAUUCGUGGGCCAGUCCUACUCAGAUUCAAUAAGGAAACUUAAUAUUACAUCAGUUCAUUUCAGGUUUUGGCAAAGCCAGACCCCAUACUCAGGCUUACGAGGCUCUAUCCUCCGUAUCACCCAGAAGUUACACCGUUACUACAGAGAACAACAUUGAAGAGGAGAGAGUCUAGUAGGUGUUAAUUCGUGUAAAAAAUUGUAUGUCAACACAGAAAUGUUAAUAACUAGAAAUUACUGAAUUCUCUAUGUUUGUCUGUUGUGGAAAUAAAACCCUCUGGAAACGGAUAGGUAACUAAAUGUAAUGUGCCUUGGAUAUUAUAACUAAAAGGUAUAAUAAUCUAAUUGUAUUUUUUGUCUUUUAUGAGUUGGCUCUGGGGAGUGUUAUGCAGUGAAUAUUGCAGAAAUGAUAUAAAGCUCCAAAAGCUAUUCUAUGUAAACUUCUUGAGUGGGAGUUCUCAACCAUAAUGUUUGGCAUAUUACUCUGAUAAUUCUGGAUGUUGAUUGAUUUUCUGUUCUGACAUUUUUACUGGUUUGGGGAAGACUGAGGUGUGUGCCCAGAGUUGUUCUAUAAAUGUUUGCUUAACAACUGGCUCUCUGGGUCAAAAGUCAUAAUUUAUAGUGUUUGCCAAUUUCCAUGGUGUAAAUACGUCCACUGUGGCUGACUACAAGCUAUGAACAAGAUGUCACUGAAUGCAGAGUUGGGAAGAGAUGUACAGAGUUGACUGUUCUGAUUUGGUACAGGCCACUGUAUAUACUCAAGGGCCUCUUCAAAAUGACAGUUUUCUACUAAAAGUUCUAUUCCAUAAACAUACAAAGGCACGAGUGAGAGAAAUAAUAUGAAGGGAAAAUAAAAUAAAUUCAAACUGGGGAGUUCAAAUAGAGAAAAUUGACAGAUUUUGGAAACUGUCAAUAGUAUUUGUCUAUAAUCUACAUUUCACUAUUAUCUUUUAUUAAGCAAACACACUAUCUAUGACGCUGAGUAUACUGAGCUCUUGGUUUCUUUGGAGUUCCCCUAGAAGAAGGCCGAGGCUUCUUUCUUUUCAGAUAUUGGUGCUAAGGCGAUGCCGACCAAAGAAUCAAUGGGACUUGCACACUGCGAAGCCAGUUUCAGGAUGGCUGAUCUAAAGGUCAAGGGAAAAAAA